UCCAUACAUGUCCCAAGAAUCAGCACUGCAACAUGCAUGACCAGCGUUGCAUGCUGCAUGUCCAGCGCCGCAUAUGCAUGCACGAACUACCUCCACGCUGUCGCCUUCCUGCCCAAGGUAUACAAAUUACCAUGAUUGGCGGAAGGGAAAUGCUACUCUGGGUAUAGAUAUAAAAUAUGAUCCUUCCCCUUUCCCCCGGCACUACUGAAAAAGAUGCACAGUCUUUCGCAUACAUGUCUGGCGGUUCAACAAGGCAUGACCUCCAAGCUAUGAGUCCAGAAGUGAUUUGCUCCGUGAUAUUUGGUAUCGUGGCAGCGCUGAUUGCGAUGGUUGGGGUGCUACAAACAUUUUUUCAUCGACAGGCCCAUCAGAGCGAUCUCGAAGCGCAGCGAGUCUGGUUCGGUCAACUUCCAUCCCACCAUAGAGAAAGACUCGACGUACCAUUCGAAGUCAUGGGUCAACCACUCGAAAUGAGUUCGCCGCCGCCGAUAAGUUAUCAGGACGGAGGAGCCCAAAUGAAUCAUUUCAGACCACCCGAACCGUGAACCUUCAGCAUGAUGUUCGGUUGAGCAUACCGUACGGCCGAUAUGACACGACCUAUGAUCCAAAAUAGAAAAUCCGGUGUGCGCUUUGCGUCGAGGAGAACAUGCUUAGCCACAUCGAUAUUCCGACGCGGUAUAUACGAGCAACGCACCCGAAGGUCGACUUCCCAGGCAAUCGUCCGCGACUCAACUCGGCCUUCCCCUGUCUCAUUAUAUCUUCACGCCCAGAGGGCAAGUUUCAUCUGCAUGGAGGCACAGAUGCAACGAGGCCCACGGUUUCGUACUUAUCUGCACCUCCCCAUUGGAUCCACUGUGGUCUUCAAAAAACAAGACAAGAAUUGUACAAAAGGAUAUAGAGGAAGACUCGAUGUUGUUGUAUUUGACUUGACAGUGACGUCAGGGGCAUUUGACUUGUAAAGGUGCAACCCGGAGCGACUCAUAGCACAUGGACUUGUAACGCAGUAAACCCCAGGCUAAACAAAAGACU